AUGAAUACGAUCACAAUAUAUACUCUUUAUCAAUAUUUACAAAAGUCUUUACAUAUCAAUAGUUCAUUUAUCACUAGUUUAUUAACAGAAGCUCAAAAGAAGUUUAAUACAUUUCAAAGAAAGAAGCAUCAUACUAUCUUAUACCCCUCAAGAUCAACAACAAUACUAUCUGCUGAAUCCUUCUUUUCAAAUCCUACCAAGAUACUACAGCAAUCAGGCAAUAUAACAACCAAAAAGAUUAUUAAUGAUAAUUAUGCAUCAACCGAAACUAUCAAAGUACACUCCCAUUCAGUCCCCGUCUGCCCCAGUUAUGUUGCACCAAGGGAGCCUAUUGUUUUAUGUCAUGGCCUAUUUGGUUUCGAUAUUCGAGGACCCGAAAGUAUCCCGGCAUUACAAGUCCAUUAUUGGGAUGGAGUGGAGGAUACAUUAGCGAAACUAGGUGCCAAGGUGAUCGUUACCAAGGUACCACAGGCAGGCAGCAUCUGGGAAAGAUCACUUGCUUUACACAACAUUUUAAAAUCCAUCCUCGUGGGGAAAAAAGUCAAUUUUGUUGCGCAUUCCAUGGGUGGCCUCGAUUGUCGACAUCUAUUAGCCAAUUAUCGUGAUCGAGAAUAUCAUGUGCAGUCAUUGACAACCAUCUGCACGCCUCAUCGUGGAUCGCCAGUCAUGGAUUGGUUUAGAGACCAUUUAGGCUUAGGGUCUGUGCAUGCUCCUUGGUGUCCCACUGAUUCGAGCACAAUGUUACUUCAGAAGCCUACAAUGCGGGAUCAAGCAACAGUUGCCGUGACAGCGACAGAUAAAUGGAGAAAGCUCGAUAAACUGAUCGUUGAUUGGUUUGAUGCACCCGCCUAUGCUCACUUGACAACCGAUUUUUGUAACCAAUAUUUUAAUCCAAAUACCCCCGAUGAUCCAACUGUAAAAUAUUAUUCAUAUGGAGCAUCUACGCAAUUUCCUGCUUGGUCCUCUUUGCUCAACUUGCCUGGGCGUAUGGUCUUUGAAAAAGAAGGAGAGAAUGAUGGCAUCGUGAGUGUCAAGAGUGCAAAGUGGGGUACUUAUGUAAAGACUAUUGAAGCCGACCACUGGGAUCUUAGUGGCAAGAGUUGUAUACCAUAUCGCUUUAGGUCAUUCAAGCCAAAUGAUCGACAAGAAUUUGAUAGACUUGAAUUUUAUGCUGAAUUAUCUACUCAUUUAUACAAUCAAGGACACUAA